AUGUCUCCAAAGGUCGCACUUGCAGGAGCCAGCGGAAACCUGGGCCCUGCCGUCCUUGAACAGCUUCUGGAUGCGGGCUUUGAUGUAACCGUUCUCACCCGGGAGAACAAAAACAGCAAAUUUGACAGUCGCGCCAAAGUCACACAAGUGGACUACAACUCUUUGGAGUCAUUGACUUCCGCCCUGACUGGCCAGGAUGUGGUCGUGAAUACUCUUGGCGCAGGAACCAUCCCUCGUGAAGUCCACCUCAGACUCGUCGAUGCUGCCGUCGCCGCCAAAGUCCAGCGAUUUAUUCCUUCCGAAUUCGGAUCUGAUACGACAAACCCCAAGGCCGCCAAGCUCCCUGUUUACGGCGACAAAGUUGCCGUGCAGCAACACCUCAAGGCAGCGUCUGAGAAAUCGGGUGACACUUUCACGUACACCUUAUUAAUCAACGGGCCUUUCAUGGACUGGGGCCUGAAGACCGGCUUCUUGCUGAAUCUGGCUGGCCCAGAGGCGGAGUUGUAUGACGGCGGAGACCGGAAGAUCAGCGCCACGACGCUUGCAGGCGUGGGCAAGGGAAUUGCUGGAGUCGUUCGGAACCUAGACGCUACCAAGAACCGCACGGUUUAUGUUCGCGAAGCCGAAAUAACCCAGAAUCAGUUGCUGGAGCUCUCGCAGAAACAAUUGGCUACGAAAGUCAUCACUACCGACCAGCUGGAGAAGAAUGCUUUCGCGGAACUACAGAAACCGAGCCCGAAUUUGGACGUUUUUGCCCUUAAUCUGAUCAAACGCACCAUUUUUGGUGAUGGAUACGGCUCUCAAUUCCCUGCAGAAAAUCUGUCCAAUGAUCUUCUAGGGUUGGGUUCACUGAAUGAAGCGGAGGUUAAGGAUAUUGUUCUGCAGCAUAGUCAGUAG